AUAUUUGAGCCGAGAUCCGUGCAAGUGACUCAGACUGUCAGUAUCAGCGAGGCAGACGCAGACGUGGGGAAGGCAGCUCCAGAGAUCUGAGUCACUGACCCGUGCUCCCGUCUCUCUGCCAGGCUGUGAAGCGCGAUGGACACCCCAUCUCAGAAGAGGGCCACACGGAGUGGGGCGGGUGGCACCCCGCUCUCUCCCACCCGCAUCACCCGCCUGCAGGAGAAGGAGGACCUGCAGGAGCUCAACGACCGGCUGGCCGUCUACAUCGACCGGGUGCGCUCGCUGGAGUCGGAGAAUGCCGGUCUCCGGCUGCGCAUCACCGAAUCCGAGGAGGUGGUGAGCCGCGAGGUGUCGGGCAUCAAGUCGGCCUACGAAUCGGAGCUGGCAGAUGCCCGCAAGACCUUGGAUUCCGUGGCCAAGGAGAGGGCGCGACUGCAGCUGGAGCUGAGCAAAGUGCAGGAGGAAUUCAAGGAGCUGAAGGCACAGGGGUUCCCCGAACACAUCACCAGAGCAGUUUGUUGGCUGUGUUCCAGGAAUGGCAAGAAGGAAGGGGACCUGCUGGCCGCGCAGGCUCGCCUCAAGGACCUGGAGGCCCUGCUCAACUCCAAAGAGGCCGCGCUCACCACCGCCCUGGGGGAGAAGAGGAACCUGGAUAAUGAAAUCCGGGAGCUGAGGGCGCAAGUGUCCAAGCUGGAAGCCGCCCUGGGCGAGGUGAAGAAGCAGCUGCAGGACGAGAUGCUGCGUCGGGUGGACGCCGAGAACCGUCUGCAGACGCUGAAGGAAGAACUCGACUUCCAGAAGAACAUUUACAGCGAGGAACUUCGUGAGACCAAGCGCCGCCACGAGACCCGCUUGGUGGAGAUCGACAACGGCCGGCAGCGGGAGUUCGAGAGCAAGCUGGCCGACGCCCUCCAGGACCUGCGGGCCCAGCACGAAGCCCAGGUCAGACUGUACAAGGAGGAGCUGGAGAAGACCUAUGGCUCCAAGCUGGAGAACGCCAAGCAGUCGGCCUUUGGUUCAGGCCCAGAAUCCUUUAGGAGGAGGAUCAAAUCAUCAGGCCUGUUUCUCAUACACACUAAGGCCCUUUUACGUCGCUCUCACAGUGGAAAGUGGCCUUCAAGUGGAUGGAACUGUAACUUACCAGCCCUGCGAAAAAAGGACCUUGGUGCAUUUCACCCAGCGGGCCUGAUUCUCAUUGACAGCUCUGUGUCAGCUUCAGAUUCUGUUUAAUCGCAUGGGGGCAUUAUCUUAAGCUCUCUCCUUUUGUCCCAUUUCCUCUGCUUAACUGCCAUUCCCCCACCAGCUGCCGCACUGCUAUAGCCAGGGGAGAUACUGCUGGGUUUAGUUCUCGUACUGUACUGUUGUUAGUCAAUGACACUUCUUUUUCUUCUUCUAAAGGCAGCCAAGUCGUGCCUUAGAGGGUGAUACUGAUUGGUUGAGUUUAAUCAGAAAGGGAGAGGAGCGAGGAGCCCUGUUUAGAGAGCUUGGUAGCACAGGAUCCGGUUCAGAGACCAAGGGCCGAGCGAUCAGGGAGACAGAGAGACCGUUUCGG